GCGAGGAGCCAUGGGCAACAUCUCCUCCAACAUCUCGGCCUUCCAGUCGCUGCACAUCGUCAUGCUGGGCUUGGACUCGGCCGGCAAGACCACGGUGCUCUACCGGCUCAAGUUCAACGAGUUCGUGAACACGGUGCCCACCAUCGGCUUCAACACGGAGAAGAUCAAGCUGAGCAACGGCACCGCCAAGGGCAUCAGCUGCCACUUCUGGGACGUGGGCGGCCAGGAGAAGCUGCGGCCGCUGUGGAAAUCCUACAGCCGCUGCACGGACGGCAUCAUCUACGUGGUGGACUCGGUGGACGUGGACCGGCUGGAGGAGGCCAAAACGGAGCUGCACAAGGUGACCAAGUUCGCCGAGAACCAGGGCACGCCGCUGCUGGUCAUCGCCAACAAGCAGGACCUGCCCAAGUCGCUGCCGGUGGCCGAGAUCGAGAAGCAGCUGGCGCUGCACGAGCUCAUCCCGGCCACCACCUACCACGUCCAGCCGGCGUGCGCCAUCAUCGGCGAGGGCCUCACCGAGGGCAUGGACAAGCUCUAUGAGAUGAUCCUGAAACGCAGGAAGUCCCUCAAGCAGAAGAAGAAGCGGUAAUGUGCCCGGCCGCGCUCGGAAGCGAGGGGGGAGUGAGCGAGUGAGCCAGGCAGGAAUGAAUGGAUGUGCGAGAACCCGCGUCCGCGAACAAAGACAGCGAACCAAAGCGAUGCUUCGAAUUUUUAACAUGGAAUCUCUGCACCCGGAUGCAGGAUUAUUGACUUAACCUGGGUGUAUAGGCCGACUUGCCAGCCUGCCCUCCACCUGCUCCCACCCCCAGCUCAGGGGACCUUUUGUCUGAUUGCCAGAGCUCCCUGAUGGGGUGGGAGGCCGCCCUGGGGAGUGGACGUGCCUGGGCUGCCGGCUGCCCUCCUGGCCCAUGUGGAAGGCUCAGAUAUCAGAAACAAAAGCGAUUCCUUCCUACUCCAGCAGGGCCAGAAGUUCAGGCUGCCCCGCCCUCACCUGUGAGUUACCUGAGGUAUGCAACUCCCAGAACCCUGGGUGUCCCCGGGUGGGGGGCAUGUUGGCAGUGGGAGGUGCUGGGGGAACCACCACUCCUUGCAUCCAUGGGCGGUGGAAGCCGGAUAAUGUUAUGUCACAGGGCAGGACCCUGUUGAAAUUUCACUUGUCCUGCUCUGGGCCCAAAGGAGAUGGUGGUUUGGGCUAUCAGAGGACUGCCUGGAACAAUACACAGCCCCAGGGCAUGGGGUGCCGCACCAACCUUGGCUGAGGAAAUGGCCCCGAAGAUGCCCCUCUCCUGGUGAUUUGUGGUGGCUACCGAACCAGUUUUGCUGAGAACCGCUUUUCACCUGGAAUCAGACGUCAUCCAGAUGGUUUGGACCUGUCCAUGUGUAGGUCAUUAUCACACAAAGAGACCAAUAAAAAAAUAAAAUAAAGUGAAAACUGUUGGAGGUGGUGGCAAAUGAUGCAUUUACUGUUUGCAGGAUAGCUAAAGGUGUUUAAAGGGUAAGGCUCUGGAUAUAAAUGCUGGAUGGAUGUGUGUGUGUGGACACAGGGACCUCCCUCUGUAGUAUGUCAUUGAUAUAAAUAUCUAGACCCAUAUGUGUGGAAUCUUAAGUUCUCUUAGCCUACCGAUUGGUUUGUGUGGGCACACCAGCUGCAGAUGUGUGCUGAAUUGCAAGAUGGUUUUUUGCAAGGAAUGUCUCAUACUAACCGCCUGAUGAUGGGUUUUGGUUUUCAGACAUGUUAAAAAAGAAAAAAAAAACUUAUACAAGUGAAUGUUCACCUUAGAAAUAUUCACCGUAGGAAAAAAGACUUUGCUCUGCCCUUUUAUAUCCCUUUACGCUGCAAGUGGCGAGAUGUUCAAAUUUCUAAUUGGGUUCAUUGAGGUCUAUCUUGUUUAGGAAUUUUAUUAAAAAUGUGUCAUUAGAGUAUUUCAUGUCAUGCACCACAAAAUAAAACCCCACCUUGUUGUAAAAGCUGACCUCGCUGCAUGGAUUUAAAAGCGAAGGAAAAGUACCAGGAUGAGGCUCUUCCUAAUUCAUCUUUGUGGGAACCGGCCUGCGUAGCAAAUGCGAACCACAGUGGGUGCUUGAGAUAAAAAGCAAGCUUGUGACGUCACGGUCACCUGUGCCCCGGCACUUGACAGUGUAGUUGAAAGAAGCUUUGGAAAAUAAAGUAAAAGAAUAGAUAUUUUUAAUAAGGUAAUUUAAAUAAAAUUUUUUAUAAUCAGGACUGAGUCUUGGUUAGCAAAAGCUGUUAUUUUACCCUGAGACACGGUAUCGGAAGGGAAACUUAAGCUUACUGUUCGAUUUUUAUUUCCUCUUUGAAUCCAUGUUCACAGGUAGAAUUAUGUGUUCCCCCCACCGUUAUAAGUUAAUUUGCGAAGGAAGCCUAUUGAAAUAGGGCAUGAUUGUGCUUGAACAUGAUCAGUUAGUCAAAUGAUACAGUCAUGCCUGUUGUCCAUUGCACUCAGAAAGUUCAUUUACGAACCAGAGAUAGAAUUCCUGGCUUCCUGCUUGAAACCCAGUUCUUAGAUGAGAUAUUUUGACAGAAGGAACCUAGCAGGCCCAUCUUCUUUUCUCCUUUGUUGGUGUAUCUGGUACCCCUCCAAUGGUGGUCUUUUUGUAGAAACUCAGUAGAGAAAAUAUAGCUAAGCAGUGUUGAAAAGCCUGCAAGGUUUCAGUUUACAUAUCAACAGCAUAUUCACUGAUUUCUAAAUGGGCUGGUCCCAUCAUUGAAGACUCUGUAUAGAAUUAUUAAAAAAAAAUCCAUCUUCUUUAUUUUCUUCACAUGCAACAAUUUCUUAAGCACUUUGACAUUUUGGUAGUUCCACACUAUUGAGAGAAUAAUAUAUUUAUUUUGUGACAUUGCAGAUGCCAAAUACUGUAACCUUCUCAUGCUCACCAUUCUUAGGCUCCAGAUCACUGUUCAAAUCCUGCCAUGCUUUACAGAUGAUGCGAAGUGAUUUUUGUUUUCUUGCACUAUCAACACUUCAAGGGUGCAGUCAGCUGUUAGUAAUUGUGUAGUAAAGUAAAACCCUGUGGUGUCUCAACUAAUAGUUAAGAGUCUCCGUUGAUUUCUAUAAUGUUUGACCUAAUAAUAGCCCAUUUCAUCUGUGAACAAACAUAUCACCUUGGAGGCAUCAGCCCAGAGGUCCCCUCCGACCUAGCGGUCAGUGAUUUAGGAUGCCUCCUGCCCUUGGGAGAAUGAGUGGGUGCCACAUGGAGGAAGUGGGUCUCCCCACAGGAACUUUUGAAGCGUUUUCUCACAGAUACAGGGAGGCCAGCUUUGUUUCAGAACAAUUCUCUUCCCCCAUUCUCUGUCAUGGUGUUGGGACUGUGUCUCCUGGCUGUUUUCAUUUCUACUGCUACAAUUCUGUCUUGAUCCAUCCUUGCUCUUCUGUCCCCGCCCCCUUUUAUAUGCCUAUAUGAUGCUGUGAACAGAAAUAAAUUAUUUAUACAAGCAAA